AUUCUAUUAGUCUGCCACAGAUUUUCAGAUUAGAUAUAAACAAGGGCUGUUUUUUGUUAUAAUAACUGGACAUUCUUUAGGUAGCUACACUCACUGUAAGACCAAUUAAUGGCUAGUUGUGAGCAAGGAACUAUAGAGCAAGCUUCCCUUUGUGAAACUCCUGCACCAGAUGCCAGCAGAGAUGCCACUGAAACCACACCACUCGUGACAAUUAAUGACGGCAACAAGAAAAGUGUGCUGAUCAAAUCAAAGGCUGCAAUAAUGAUUCUCUGUUGGACUGUCUUAAUGUCGUUGAUCUAUGGUAGUUUUCUGAACCCUGAAGUUUACUUGUUCGUAUUUGUUACACCCCAAUUUGGUUUGGACUCUAUUGAGAUAAUUGUAGCUACGUGCACAUAUGCUGCAACUGCUUUCUGGCUCCUCUUCUAUCCUCUAGCCGGAUACUGUGCAGAUAUUCGAUAUGGCAGAUAUAAAGUUGUGAGAUGUGGUGUGUUUACCACAUGGUGUGGACUCUUGACUGUGACUGUUAUUGGUGGUAUUGUGAACGCCAUUGCUUGGCCACUGAUAUUAUCUAGUGGAAAUGACGCCUUCUACACAGCUCUAUGGGCUUUUUUCGGGUUAGCGAUGGGUGUACUUGGAUUUUUUCUGCUUAUAUCCAUUUGGAUUGCAUUUGCUGGAUUUUUAGCCAAUGUUAUUCAGUUUGGGGUUGACCAAUUACCUUCUAGAGACAGCUUUCUUUUCAUUCAUUGGUUUCUCUUCACACUCUAUAUUGGAAUAAGCUUAGGGAAACUGGUAUGGAGUGCAGCUUAUGCCUCUGGUCUCAUAAGCCUUUUUCUAUUUGGAGUUGUCUUGUUAGUUGUACUAGUUUGUGUACCAGUAACAUUCUGUGUUGCUAAGCGCAGGUGGUUUGUUACUGACACUGGCACUAGUAAUCCUUACAAAGAGGUUGCAAGAGUUGUCGGCUUUGCAAGAAGAAACAAGAUUCCUAUUCAACGCAAUGCUGCCUUUACAGUCUUGGAGGAUGACAUACCCACUGGACUGGAUCUAGGCAAGGACAAGUAUGGAGGACCAUUCACUACCGAGCAGGUGGAGAAUGUGAAAUCAUUUUUUGGAAUUGUUGUCAUUUUACUUUCAAUUGGAUCUUUCUUUACGGCUGAUAUUGCUGCAGCACCUUUUCUUAGUAUUCUGAGGAAUCAUAUGGAGGCGGAAGACCCCUUUUACAUGCCUGAUAAUAGGGUAAAAUACAUUUUUUACUCGGUCUUCACUAAUGGUGGCACUCUGUACCCUGUCUUUAUUGUUGUUUUUGUUCCUAUUUUUCUCAAGUUUAUUCAUCCUCUGUUUCAAAAGUACUCUCCUGGUAUUCUGAGGCGAAUUGGAAUUGGUCUUUGUCUCAUCACUGUUAGUCUGUUUUGCUCACUGUUUGUCGACACCGUUGGUCACCUUCUUCCUAGUGGCCAUAAUGCUGGCUCAGUGUUUGGUCCUCAGGUUAAUUUUAACUAUACAACUAAUAACGAAACUCUGAUUGAUCAAACACUUCAUCUCAGCCCCUACAUUCUCAUUAUUCAGCAAGUCCUUGUUGCUGUGGCCUAUGUAUUUAUCUAUGGUGGAGUGUUUGAAUUCAUCUGUGCUCAAAGCCCUCACUCUAUGAAAGGGUUUCUCAUCGGAAUUUUGUUUGCUGUUAAAGGACUUUUUCAGUUGAUUGGUGUUCUUGGAGUUCUUUUGCCGUUUAGUUUCUGGCAGACCUCCCCUAGAGCUGGACUGGUUUAUUUCCUAGUGAACAUUCUUAUUUCAGUCGCAGGUGUUGUGGUUUUCAUAAUAGCAGCGAAGAGGUAUCAGUAUCGGCAACGUGAUGAACUUUGUAAUGUGAGGAAAUACAUCGAAGAAGUUUACGAGAAGGAUGUUAAUCAUGCACAAUCGUGAAUUUGAAUUUAAGUUUAAGAUCUAGAUGUUCACUUUGAGAGUAAUUCUGACUCAGAGACCCAAUGGCUGCAUGUGUAGUAGCGAGAUAUUUAGGUUUGGUGAAUAAAUUAUUGUUGUUGAAAUACGAUUGUUAUAAUCUAGUAGUGACCUUUUAAA